GGGGCCAGAGGCAGCCCUGGGGCGAGGGAGAUGGAGUUCUCCAGCCGAGCGAGGCAGAAGCAUGCACGGCUGGUUGGAGACCGGCGGGAGCAGUACCCUCACAGCCUGCAGUUUUAUCUGGAGCCCCCGAUGGAAAGCAUCUCCUUGGUGGAGUUUGAGAGCUUAGCCAUUGACCGCCUGAAGCUGCUUAAAGUAGUUGAGAAUCUCGGUGUGAGCUAUGUAAGAAGUAGUGAUACAUACAAAAGUAAACUGGAGGCUGAGCUCCGGAAACUGAAGUUUCCAUACAGAGCUUUGGCUGAGGAUGAUUACGAGGCAAGAAGAAAAGAUCAUAUCUCUCAUUUCAUACUACGCCUUGCCUACUGCCAGUCUGAGGAUCUCAGGCGUUGGUUUCUUCAACAAGAAAUGGAUCUCUUUCGAUAUCGCUUCAAUGAACUAACUGAAAGUUUAAUGCAGAAAUUCCUGGAACAUGUGAACUUAUCAUUUGAAGCUAUUGGUGAAGACCUGAAAAAUGAAUUGGCUUAUGAGUUGAGUGUGUCAACCCCUGGCUUCAGUCUGCCUAAAGUAAAAGAACAAAUGUUCUAUAAGGUUGGACUUGCAGAUGCUGUGGAUUUAUUUAGAGCCAGAAAAGUAUUUAUUAAAGAUGGCUUUGCAUAUGUGCCAUUUAAGGAGAUUGAUGUCAUUGUUUUGAAUAACUAUAGAACAAAACUGUCUAAAGCACUGGCGACCCACAGACCCAUAUCAGAGCUAUACUGGACCCAGUACUGCACAAAAGAGGAUUGCUUCAGAGAAAUCUGAAGUGGGACAAAAGGGGGAGAGGAUAGAAGAAGGAUCUGAUGCAUGGAUACAGGAUGGAAGGAUGAACCCACACUGAAGCAGAUGGAGAAUUCCUGAAGGAACCACAGCCUGUGGAGAACCUAUGCUUAAGGAUUUUUGUUUUCUGGGAGUGCAUCCCAUGGGAGAAAGCCCGUGCCAGCGCAGGGGGAAUCGUGAGCAGGCAGGAGCUGUGGAGAGGAGCUGUUCUGGACCGAGCACAGCUGUGCCUGCUGUCCACCUGCUGCCCUGGGUGGAAGCUGUGGGAAUCUCAGAUGGAGUAGCACAGUGCAGCUGAUAAGAGAGGGAAGCAAAGGCAUUGGCUUGUUUUUCUCUGCUCCUCACUACCUGAGUCUUACUGACAGUAAAUUACAUUAAUUUCCCUCACGUUGAGCCUGUUUUGCUUGCAGUGGUAACUGUUUAUCAAUCUCCCUGUCUUCAUCAGCAUCUGUAGUAAUUUGGCUCUUAGGUUGGGGCGAGUUAUCUGUGGCUGUUCUUCUAAUAUUUUGUCAUGAGGCUUGUAGUUCUGCUGAGGUUGGAGGAAAGGAACCAGCACUCUGGUUCCAGCUCACAUAGCCAUGUUAGCUUCUGUGUUUCCUGGUCUCUUUCUCUGAAUCAGCUCUCUGAUAAAUUCACGGUGUGGGGAUCCUAGAUACUGAAAAACCUAACUCUGAUUGGGAUGCCUCCCAGUAGUGUUUGAAUCAAAUACAUUGAAUCUUUAUGUCACUUUACCUUAAUGAACAUUACAUUCAGAAAAUGCUUUGUCCUAAAGCUUUAGUGUUUUUUGAACAAUAUAUUUUAAAGCCAUAAACUGAUGCUUGAGAAUGUGUAAAUAUUCCUGCUGUGUGAGUGCUUUUAUGGUGUGCUGACGAGUUGAUUUUACAAAGACUUGUAAUUAUCCAUGCAUAACUGAGCCAUAGAUUCAUUAUACUUUUUUAAAAUACUUCCCCUUUUUUUUUGCCUAGCAGUUGAAGUAAUAACUUGGCUGGUCUCUGAAUUGUUGCUUUUGUGAACACUCUUUGUCAGAACAUCAUAUAAGAUCUAACUGUCUGCAAAUUAAAAUAUAACCUAGAAAUAGCACUAAUUGGUGCCACAAGAAUUUGAUUCCAGUAUUAAUACAUACAAUCUUGAUAGACCAUUUUUCUUCUUAAUUUAAUACCAGCACUUUUUUACUCUGAAUUGCUAUCUUAUGUAAUCUGAAAAAAUGUCUACAAAUAAAAUUGUUGGUUUUGAGGACUUGAUGCAAAAGGAAGACCUCACUGGUGCUUUCUAAUUUUGUAUAUUUUUUUCUUGAUUCCUUUCCUGAUUUGGCAUGUAGUAUUUUAAACAGUUAGAAAUGGGAAUCAAAUAAGUUGCAUUACUAAUAUUUAUAAUGAUUUAUCUUUUAAAAUGAAAUAUUAGUCAAAUAAAUACGCUAUUUUGGUUGACUUAUGCUAUAGGUACAAAGAACCUCCUAAUUCAGAAAAGUAUCAGUAUACAUAGCACCAUCUGUGAAACAUUUUCUUCCUAAAACACCUAAGUUUUUAAGCAGUGGAGCAGAAGGCUUUAUGUGGUGGCAUUAAUGGGGAGAAAGUAUGAUUGAUGAUGGUCUUGUCACUUGAAAUUCAUUUCAGGUGUUGUGUUCCCAGUGUUAACUCAAAGUAAUUCACUGUAACAUAAAUGGAUGGUUUUUAUAAUAUGCACAUACAAGGUUAGUAAGGUAAUAACUUAGGCAGUGUAAGGUAAAACGUGAUUACAGUGACUUUGAAUCUCUCAGGUGAAGUUUUCAGUGAGAAUUUUGCAGAGAAGCAGCUGGUCUUCAUUUCUGAGUAUUACAAGGUCACUGUCAAAGGCACAGGUCACCUGAAUAAAAUGGUGAUAUUCUGAGUGGGAGAAGUGAUAUUCAGGGAAAUCAUUUAGAGUGUGUGUGUGUUAAGAGAAGACUGAAAUUGUAUGUUGACUUGUUACUGGACUUUCCUUUGUGGCUUUUUUUUGGCUGUUGUCUCAUUGCUGUCUGUUUUCUAAAAUCCAUCCUUCAGUGUUUUAUCUCCUCUACUACUUGAAGUACAUGUGUUCCUUUUAGAGACCACAUAGAUUGCUAGUAUAAAGUAAUUAUAAAUAAAGUUAGGUGGCUAAAUGAAAUUUGACUGUAUUCAGUAUUUUUUCUUUCUAUUUCUUCUCAUGUCUUCUUGCAUCUUUCAUACAGAGUUUAAGAGUUUAAGUACAGAAUUUGCAGCAUAUGCAAUUGGUGUGGUCUCUGCAUAGUCCUGUCUGGUUUGAUUUGUAUGAAAGUGCUUCGAUCUUCACAUCGAUAUUUCAUGGUAGUCAAGCCAACAAAACAAGAUUUGCAGUAUUUGAAGCACGUGGAAGGCUUGCCUAACUAAGUUGUUCCCCAAAUUUCAGAAAAAAAAAAAUGGAACUGAAUAUAUUAGUUGAAAGUGCAAUUUUAUUUCUUUGUUGUGUGGUAAAUGUGAUAACCUGAAAACUCAGUUAAUAUGGCACCUGUUAAAUGUCAUUUAUUAAUAUGCGGGUAGCAGUGAUUUGCAAACAAUGCACUUAAGUCAGUGAGAAAGAAUUGUAAUAGCAUAUGCAGUUGGUGAGUAAACAGAAGUCUGCAUCUCGGGAUGACACUGUUACAAAUUUGCAUUUUUCCUGAUUAUUUUCUCUUGGUGGCCUGUGACCCACAGCCAUUUGCAAUGUGAUAGCUGUAGCAGUAUCUGUCUGGAGUUAAUUUCAUCCACUGUACUCUGGCUUAGCAAGUUUAUGGAGCAGGCAAAAAGAAAUGGGUUGAAUCACUAAACAUUGUGAUGACAACCUCUCCAAUUACAUGGUGUUUUUUUCACACAUUUUGCAUUAAAAUAUGGAGAAUGGCUGUUCUCCUUAGUAAAGUGGUAUUGUGUCCUAAGCCAAGGAAUGCACAUUGCACAUAUGACAUUAACAUCUUCUUGGCAUUGUGGCUAAUGAUAAACAUUGUCUGACCUUUGGGGAAGGGCUAAAUCUUAAAUCCCUUUUUUAGUCAGAAGGAAAAAUGGGAGAUGACUGUUAGUAGAUUGAAAUCAGACAUGAUAUAAAUUGAACACCUGGUAGUCAUAUCAGGUCUUGGCAGAUUAACGUAUAGAAUCUUUUCAGAGUUUGGAGCACUCCUUUAAGCUGCGAGUGUCACAGUAAAGUAUGCACAAGUUUUAUCUCAGCAAUGCCUUUGCCAAGAGGUGGUUAAAAGAAAUUCUACUGUAAAACUGAUUUUAAAAAAUCCCACUAAUUUUGCUGAUACACAACUCAAGUGUUUUGAACUCUUUUAAGAAAAAAGUAGCAAUAUCCUU